AAGACUAUUAUAUAGAGACAAUUGAGGUGGUGAGGUGUGGCUGAUAGUCUCUCACCAUUAAGCCAAAUAAUUAACAGCUUUCGAAGUAAUCCUUUGAUUUUUCAUAUGGCUGCCUUUGUCCUACCCUCGUCACUGUGUAACAAAAUCACCAAGAGUUACAAUGAGGAAAAAGAUUUACAGCCGAUGAUCGACAGAACCUGCAAGAGAUAUAGAGAAACACUCCCCAGCCUUUCCGUAGGCAAAGGUUGGAUGACUGAACAUCUAGUUCAUUACCAUGGUUUUUGGCUUACCCCUAAAGCUGCCUUGAAAGGUGUCAUGUGGAUCCAAGAUCACUUCAAGCCUCGACCUACUGAUAUUUUCUUGGCUACAUUUCCCAAAACUGGCACCACCUGGCUCAAAGCACUAGUUUUCGCCAUUAUUAACCGCACCCGCUAUGAUUUUUCCGACCAUCCUUUACUCACCACGGGCCCCCACGAUUGCUUUCCCUUCUUGGAUGCUUACUUAUACCAGAACGAUCAAUCUGUUUCCAAUCUUGAUGCAUUCCCUUCACCACGUCUCCUCUCAACUCACAUGCCUUACACUCUGUUACCUGAUUCCAGUGCUGGCAGCAGGUUCGUUUACAUCUGCCGGGACCCCAAAGAUGUGCUUGUUUCAAAGUGGCUCUUCAUGAACAAGUUGAGGCCCAAAGAAUUGCCACCCCUUUCACUUGAAGAAGCAUUCAAGUUGUUUUGCCAAGGGAUAUCCCAUUAUGGACCUUAUUGGGAUCAUGUUUUAGGGUAUUGGAAAGAGAGCUUAAAAACCCCAGAAAAAAUCUUGUUCUUGAAGUAUGAGGAAUUGAAGAAGGAGCCAUUGGUUGUUGUGAAGAGAUUAGCUGAAUUUCUUGGUCACCCCAUUUCAAUGGGGGAAGAGAGUAAGGGGGUGGUCCAAGAAAUAGUAAGGCUAUGCAGUUUCGAGAAUUUGACCAAUUUGGAAGUCAAUAAAAGAAGCUUACAAAAAUUCAGCAGUGACAUCAUAGUUGAUAGUCGCCAUUUUUUCAGAAAGGGCGAAGUUGGAGAUUCGAAGAAUUAUUUGACAGCUGAGAUGAUAGAACGUCUUGAUGAGAUCACAGUUGACAAGAUUUAUGGUUCUGGAUUAAUAUUUGGUACCUAA